AUGGACGUGUCCGGACUGGCCUUCAGCUGGGAGAUUCACUCCGACUUCCGCAAUGUCUUCACAACUCAGAAAUCUACUCAGUGCCAUGAUCCCGCAGACGAUAAUCGUAUCUUCGCCGAGUUCAGCGUAUCCGCUACCCUCACGACGAGCAGCCCGCGCGCGGAGCCGCAGCUGAUAGUCAUGCCCAUCGGACAUACACUGCUUGACGAUAUCGUAAUAUCUGUUUUACUCCUCGAGCGGCAGCGACUCACCGCGGCGCUGGACCCACUUAGCGAGGUGCAGUCGGGAAAGCGGAAGGCUCCGUCGCCACAUAGAAUUAUGGAGUCGUAA